UGAUAAUUGAAAAACACUUUAUUUUAUAUUUUUUGAAGGUUAUGUGUAUUAGAAAAAGGGGGUUGGUGAACAUUUAAGUGUGUUAUUAUUUAAGCUGUAUUUUUGUUGUCAAUAGAAUAAGAUAAAACUAAUGCAUAAGAUUAAAAUGGACACUAAACCGGAGUUAAUAAGAUUGGAAGCUGUGGAUCCAUCAGCAGUUCCGGGUAGUAAUAUGUAUAUUAAGAAUGAAGUAUUGUAUCAUGUGGAUACACCGUCUCAUCAUAUUGUUAAGAAAGAAGACCCUAAGGUAUAUUACGACCAUCCGCAUCAUCAUACCUCACAUCACCAUCACAUACAACAGGAAACAACAAAAUAUUUACCGGAUACCGUACAUAAUUUCCAAUCAAAAUCAAUGUCAAUAUCACAAUAUCCAAAAUAUCAAACACCAAAAUUACGUGCAAAAUCUACAUACAGUCCAAUGAAAUCGACAACAGGUGGUGGUGUAAUGCCCUCACAACAACAACAAAUCUACAUGAAACAUGAACCAAGUGCGGAUAUAAUGAUUGAACAAAUCGCCGAGCAACAACAUUUACGACAGGAUCAUAAUACCGUACAAGUGAUCACACCGAAUGCAAAUUAUGCGGGCCAACAACAGCAACAACAACAACAACAUUGGAACUCGGAUGUAACCAUGACUCCGAUUAUGGAACAACAAAGUAUGCAAAGUGCUGCAGCCACGGAACAUAAUAUUGCACCGGAUGCAAUAUUUAUACCGGAAUCGUCGUCAGCGGGUGGUGGUGAUAAUAGUUCUGAUUACAAUUCAAUGAAUGCACCAACAAUUAAUUUAAUACCGUUAAUGACACCGAACGGUUUAGUUUUUGUUGCCGCUAACCAGGCGACCGGAACCAGUACUGUUAUCAGUGGUAUGCCAUCAUCUUCAGGAUCGGCGGCAACACCAGCACAUCAAUCCCAUCACCAUUUACAUAACACAGCAGCUGUUGAUUCAAGUAUAGGACUUCAACAACAGAAUACAUCGUCGCGAAGCUACAAUCGACGAAAACAACCAGUAGCGAAACGUGCAACUCCAUCAGUGCCAGCUCCACAUGUGGAAAUUGUUUCACAACAAAUGGGUGGUGGUGGUGGAGGAGGUGGUGAGAAUGCAUCAAAUUUAAUUUACACUCAAAAUGGACCGUUGUUGUUGUUAAAUGAACAACAACAACAGCAACAACAACAUCGUGGAUCGUCAUCAUCUGCGUCACAACAUCACACAAGUGCAGCUGGUAGUGUAGCAGGCACUGAUUAUAAGCCACAACAAGUAACCACAACGCCUUUAAUUCCUGAAAAAGGAACUGUCAUUGUUGAAGAACCACCAAAAGCACUUUAUCAAUCGAGAUAUGGUAGUGACAUUAAUGAAAAUAGUACGCAUUACAAUUCGAAAAAUGGUGUAAAAUCUGGAAGUGGAUCAAACAGUGGUAGCAGUGGCUACAGAAACACAUCAACAAACAUUGUACAAUCAGAUGCUGAAUUAGAUUUGGAUGCUGCAAUAACAGUUUUUAAAAUUUACAAGUGAUAUCAAAAUAAUUUAUGGUGCAAACAAACAAUUUUUAUAUAAACAAAUCAAAACAAUACAAAAAAACAAACAAAACAAAUGGACAGUACUACUAAAAAAACAAACAAAAAAAUACAAUUUUUGAACAAAAAAAAAUAAAAAAAGAUUUUUUUUAAAUAUAUAUGUAUACAGGACGUGUGACACCCUGUACUAUGUUAUAAUGAAGUAACACAUGAAAAGCCUUUGAAGAAAAAAAAGUUCAUUCUUGAUUCUCAUUCGAUAAAAUAAGUAUUAAUUUGAACUUAUCUUUAUCAUUUUCCACGUUUCUUGAUCGAUUUCAAAAAGUGGGGCAUUAAUUUCACUUCAGCAGUCUAUUGUACAAUAUGAUGGCGAGUACAGAGAGGUCAUGAAAUGAAACUACGCGAACGAACUUCACGCUAUCACGAACGAUAUAUUUUGAUCUUUGCACCUGUAAAAAAUCAGUUAGCAGGUACUUUUAAUUUUAGUUUAAUCGAUUUAAGAAAUAUUUUAAUUUUUAAUUUAUUCACGAUUUACGAAUGCUGGACCAAAAACACAUACACAUUUAAAAAUUGGAAUAAAUAUCUACGAUUUACAGGAAUUUAGUUAACUUGCUAUUAUUAUUACUCGCAGGCAGUUUACUAAUAUAACGGGCGCGCCAUCUUUUGAAUAACUUUGG